GAAUGACGAGCUCAUGAUGGAGACAAUCGUCAGCGGUGACGUGCCGAUCCACUCGACACGCACUCCGAUGAUAUCUUCGGCACUUCAGGUUAUCCUCGGCAACAUACAAAAACCCUUGAAGCUCGCUGCGGCCCAAAGCGGAGGCUGCAGCGUCCUCGCAAAGGAGCAGUACUUCAAGAUUCUGGCCAAACGAAAACGUGUUCGCAAAGAGCCGCCCGCAAUCAUAGACGCACCGCCGACCGCCGUUAUGAAUCCGCCCGAGAUCGUUGACAAUACCGAGCCCAAGGAGAACCAGAACCCGGAGACCGACAACCUAGAGGAGGACCAGAACCACGAGCAGCAAUCCCGCGGAGACAUGAGGAAGAUGCUGAAGGACACAGAGUCCGAGACCUACACAUGGACAGCUGAAUGGGGCGAUGCAUGGAACAGCAUGCUUCGCACUUUGGACGAUGGUUAUGACAAUCCAAAGCGUCGUCGUGUCGCCUACAGAGUCUUAAAGGCUUUGAAGGAGGCAACGGCAGAGUGGAAUCGAGCCUAA